UGCCUCGGCUCCACAUCUACACGCCACGGCAGCUGCAUCUCCAUCAAGCACACCAGCGACGUCGCUGCGCGUGCCUUUGGUGAGAGUCCUGAUGUUGCGCGCUACUGGCGGCACAAGAUUCAAGAUCCCACAUUCCAUGCGCAGCCAUGGGGCGGGUUCAUCUAUCGGGGCUUAAAAUUCGGCGACAACGAUGCCACCAUUCAAGCUGUCCUAUGGCAGCUAGUAAAGGAGCACCCCACACACACGCUUGGAGACUUCGUCAACGAAUUUCGAGCCCUCGGUGUGCCGGUCAAGCGCAAUUUCAUCCAGCGCAUUUUUUCAAAUUGGCGAUGGUCGUGGAAGAAGCCGGCGGUCCAUCAAGUCCUCAAGUACACCCCCGCGAAUAUCCUCUAUUACCGUGAGUGGGUCUCACUCAUCCCCCAGCUGCCCCUGGCCAAGCUCAAGUUCUGCGACGAGUCGCACUUCGUCGCGCGCCAGCUUCACCGCACCCAAGUCAUCGGCCCCGUCGGUGAGCAACGCGUCCUGCGCGACGGUGGCAACCUCUCUGACUCAUUUUCCCUUACCCUCCUGACCGACCUCGCAACGCCAGACAACCCCUUCUACAUCGACAUCCGUUCGGAUUCCAACUCAGAGGAGGACUUUUUCAACUUCGUCGUGGCUGCCGUUGCUGCCGGCCGCCUUGCGAAUGGCGACUUUUUCAUCGUCGAUAAUGCCAGUAUCCACUUCGGCCGGGCCACUCGACCUCGGCUUCGGCUUCUCUUCGCGCGCCACGGCAUUUCGUAUCUGUUCCUCCCGACCUACUCGCCUGAGCUUAACCCCUGCGAGCUCGUGUUUGCGUUCGUGAAAAACUACAUCCGCGCACACAGGACGCCUGAGUUCCAGCUUCCGCAGCUUCUCCUUCAAGCCUUGACGCGGCUCGCCUACCGUCAGCUUGUCAACAUGUAUGUCCAUUGUGUGAACAUACUGGAGCGUCACAAAUAA